UUAUUCUCAGAAUAGACAACAUAAAGAUGAAAUUUAUAGGCUUUGAAAGUUACACGAGCUGGAUAGUAACCAUUGGAAGUUGCAUCAUCAACUGCACUUCUCAAACUCCACACAGAAUAGCUGGAUUGAUGUAUGUGUCGAUUGUUGAGUACUACGACACAGACAGAGAAACAGCUUCACUUCCAAUUCUGAUUUAUAUCAUUGUAAGAUGUCUUGGAGGGCCUUUUUGUGGAGUUUUGGGUGAAAAAUUCAGUCCUGAGAACAUAACAAUAUAUGGGACAAUCAUUGCUUUCAUUGGAUUUGGAGUAUGUUUCUUUGCACACAAUAUUAUCAGUUUGUGCAUAUAUUUAGGAUUAAUAUAUGGUAUAGGUGCGACAGGAAGUAAUACAUUUCUUCCAACAAUAGUAAAGAAAUAUUUCAACAAAAAUAUUAACUCAGCAAAUGGAAUCUCUCAAGCUGGAUCGUGUUUGGGAGCAAUUCUUGUUCCGCCCCUUGCUGUAUUCCUUCUAGACAAAUAUGGUUUACCUGGGACGUUUUUAAUUAUAUCAGCACUUAUGUUUCAUUCGGUACCAAUCAGCAUGCUCAUCCAAAAAGCAGGUUUAGUACAAGAUAAAAUCAUUGAGAACAUAAGGAGGAACAAUGAGCUUGUCCACCAAGAGAAGUUACGUGAAAAAAAUGAAAAUUCUCCGCUUGACUCGAAUAAUAGUACUUCGGAGAAAAUAUCUAUAAACAAUAAAACAUCCUUUUCUGACUCAACUAACAAAAUGACAGAGAUGAGAGUAAACAAUCAGAAAUCUCUUCCUGAUUCAGAGGAUAUUAAUGUAUCAGAGCAGCUUUCUAUAAACAAUCAUAAACCUCUUCCAGAUUCUGCUGUUACAAUAUCAGAGCCGUCUAGAAGAUUAGAACUUGAAAAGGGAAAGUUAGAAAACACCAUUACAGUUUUUAAAGGUACCGAAGCUGAUAAUGAAACUAAUGAUUACGAUCUAAGUAAAGAACAACCCGAUGGUAUUAAAGAUAAUGAUAGUUUAGAUACUUCUAAACUCUAUCUACAGUCUCGCGUGUACAAUCAUUCAGCUUUUGGAAAAAGUUGCCCAAGUAUCAACAAUCAAGGCAAUGCGAAUCGUGAGACUAAUAAAUUAAACCAUGGCGCUGAAAUCUCAAACACAUUAGAAAUAAAUGAAACUGUUAUGCAGCCUCAAGAUUGCAGCGGUGAUUCUGAUGGCAACGAUGCUAUCAAAACAAGCAUUCCUUCAGAAAUGAAGAUGGUUUCGUACAUACAUUCCGAUUUAGUAAAUAAUCCAAAACUACCUGAUAUGACACAAAAUAAACAAAUGAUUACAACUUGCGUGGUUGCACCGAUUGAGAAUAGUCCAGAAGUGUCAGCGAUUUCAAACAGAUCACACAAUCCAAAGCCACACAAAAAAAGUAAAUUUGCUUUUUUUAAAGUGUUUCUGAACCUCCCCUUUUUAAUUAUAAUGUUUUGCACUGGUAUACAUAAUUAUGUGACAGUUCUAGUUUCAAGGGGAAAUANACAUCAGUGUAGGGAUUUUUCAGAGAAACUCAUGGAUCAUAUGAUGGAUUUUACAUCUUGUUAA